UAUUGUUUUUGAAUGAGUCUAAGGAGUCUAUCAUUAUGCCUAUGUCCCCCUGUUAUUUACUGAAGCUGUAAAAAAAUAUAAAGAAGAGAGUGACCUUGGACAGGAUAUUUUGGGAAAUUUUUACAGAGAAGUAGGGGACGCUGCCAAUUCUUUUCUCACCAUUCCGGCACUGCUCAGCUUCACAAAAGCGGAUCCCAUCAGGAACACAUAUGAAUGAGUGGAUGUGGGGAACGCCAUCCUGCAAUUUAGAGCAGACAUAGCCACUCGGGGCUCGCCCUGCGCAGCCGGGAACCCAAAAUGCCGGCGGGAUCUGCUUGGUGCCACCCUGCUCUGCUCUUACUUCUCUCCUGCGUGCCCCUGUGGGCCGCCGAGAUUUCCUGCAGGAAUGAAGAUGGGGAGACGGUGGAUUGGUUUGCUCUUUACAAGCUGCCAAAGCAUGCCAAAGGACAGAUUCCCAUGCUGGGACUGGAAUACCUGUACAUGGAUGCCCUGGCUCCACAGUGGCAGCUUGGUAAAUACCUCAUCAACAUGAGCCAGGGUGCUCUGGGACAAACACUGCAGCAGCUGUAUGAGACAUAUGAAUCCAAGAGGAACACCACUGCAUAUGCGAUAUACAACGAUGAGAUCCCUGAAUCAGACUCCAAAGGGUCGAAAUGUGGACACACCAAAGGAUUUCUGCUCUUGGAUAAAUCACAAGGCUUCUGGGUGAUUCACAGUGUGCCCCUGUUCCCUCCCAGCCCUGAGGAUGGUUAUGGAUAUCCAUCUACUGGGGAGUCCUUCGGACAGACAGCCAUCUGUAUAACCUUCAAAUAUGAUCAGUUCACAGAAAUAGACCAACAGAUGCUGAGUUAUAAUCCAGGAAUCUACAGCUGUUCCAUCCCUGAAAUCUUCCAAGCUGAUCUCCCAAAUCUCCAGAAGCUCUGUGCAAAGUCCAGGCUGCCCUUGGCACCCUUGCGCCACCUCUCCAAGCUCCAGUCAGCCCGUGGGGAAACCUUUCUCCACUUUGCAAAGUCACACUUGUUCAUAGAUGAUAUCUAUGUGGCCUGGAUGGCUCAGGAACUGAAGACUGAUUUGUUGGCUGAAUCCUGGCAGCGUUCUGGCGAAAAACUUUACUCGAACUGCUCUCUCGACUACCACGUCUACAACAUAAACAUCAUAGGGAUGCCACUGAACUCCACCUUUCAUUCCAUCAAUGAUCAUUCCAAAUGGGCUGUUUCAAGGAAAUACAAAGAUCAGUGGACAUGCAUUGGGGACUUGAACCGUGCUGCUGAGCAAGCUUGGAGAAGUGGUGGGUUCAUCUGUACCCAGAACGAACAGAUCUACAAAGCCUUCAGGCAUUUGAUAAUCCACUACGAAAGCUGCACUUCUGCUCUCGGAGAGCUGUAACAAACCAUUCCUCCCAAGCAGCACAGCCCUUGUUACAUGGGAAGUGUAGAAAUCUCUCUCUCUCUGAACUGUAUUUUCACUCUGAAAAGCAGCCCUGUGAGUUGCAAGAUGUGCUAGGCCAUCCCCUUGUUAGCUGUGCAGGUGAAGGGCAGCUGUUUCCUGAGGUGUGGGGCCCUCAAGGGGGUGUGUGCUGGGCCCUGCUCUGCUCCCUGGCUGCUGUCACCAUCCGGGAUGGGAUGGGAUGGGAGGGACACUGCUGCAUGGGCUGCAGCAAAGCACAUCUCUGUGAACACCCUGCACAGGCAUCCCUGGGCACCUUGGGAGUGGGGCUGAACCUGGGAUGGGAGGGACAACAGAAACCUCUCUCUUGAACUGGGCCGUCAGCACUGGCAGGUAGCAAGGGAUAAGGGAUAAGUACCCCCAAGUACUUCAGAAUUACCCUGGAUUUCUGGCACUGUUGAGAUAAAUCAUAGCAUUUCUGCUCAGCUUGGGCUGAAUCUCUGAAAGAGCUGAGAAAAUUAGAUCCAGACAGGGAGAUGAGGUGUUCCUGAGGACAGGAACACCUCAUUUUUACAUGAUUAAUUUUUAGAGAAUUAAUGAACUUUAAAUCAUCUUUAAAUUAUCUGUAACCAGUAGCUUGGAAAUAUUUCUAGUGCUUCUAUUCAUGUACAGCAAUUUUAUAAACAAAUAAACAUGUUCAAAAUAUGAGUAAGCAAAACAA